AUGGCUGAGAUUAGUAAAGAAAAUGAAGAUAAUUUUAUUUUUAAAAUGAAAGUAUUAUAUAAUCAAAUGAUUCACAUACCAUCAAUGUUCAGUACAUUAAAAACAGAGUUUCCUCUUUUUUUUGAAACUGAUACUACAAAUAUAAUUCAUUUACCAAUGACAUUACAGAGCAAAAUUAUUCAAAAGUGA